AUGGCCGACUCGCUCCCAAGCAUCAAUUUCGGCUUUGAAGAUUUGCGCAAUCGCAUGGCCCAGUUCACGGCUCAGUUUGACGCAUUUAUAGAACGCGGUAGGAAACAGGUUCUGGAAGAAAGGAAUCAGUUUAAGAUCGGCCUAGCUGAACUACAAGAAGAUGAACGAAUGAGGCAACGUGAUAUUGAGAUCCUCAAUCUCAAAUCGCAAACCCACGAACAGACUCUCCAGAAAGAAGCCGCCGAGGCCGCUGAGAUGCACGCCGCUGUUUCUUCCGUUACAUUAGAACGCGACUCCCGUCUUACAAAGCGUGACCGGCUGAGGCAGCAAAUUGAAGAAACACAAAAGGCCAUCAAUAAAAAACUGGAAGCGCAGAAGAGUCACUCCCGCUACCUUGAUGCACAGGCACGUCUAAACGUACCGGAACUUGAAUUUUGGCAAGACUAUCUGUGCUUACGAAUAGAGGGUGCGGGCAGAGAAGAUCGUUUAAAAUUUGUUUACAGUCAUUUGCUGGAGAAGGAUUGGGAAGCUGAAGCAUGGUUUGAACUGGGCACGUCCAGCCGCGAUUAUGAAGUCUUCCAUACACGACCCAAGCUAGAUAGGGACUCUUUGGACCUGGAGCUAGACAUUUUGAAUGAGGACCGCGACUUCGGCGCCUUCCUGAAGAGGAUGCGCAGGUUAUUCGUCGAGGUGUUGAAAUAG